CAUCACCGCUCGAGGGUUAUUGUUGGCGAGAAGGAUGAGCUCAUCGUUCAGAAUCAGUCUCUGCGAGAAGGGAGAGAAAACAGGACGUCGCUUGCGUGGAUUGACAGAAUCUGCAGCCCCGCCACUGAGACCAGCUGUAACCGAGGAAAAGACGCAGUGAAAAUUACAAUAUGGUUUGGUCUAGGGAGGGAGAGACAGACCGUCCUCCUCUGUCCAUCAUCCUGCCAAGGCUCUACCUGGGAGCAGAGAGCGAUGUGACACGGGACCGACUUGCCUCUUUGGGUAUCUCCUAUGUGCUGAGUGUGAGCCGUUGCAGCCCCCGACCCACCUUCCUGCCCUGCUCUAGGUACCUCCGCAUCCCUAUUGAUGACUCCCUGUGGGAUGACCUGCUUCCCUGGAUCCCUCAGGCUCUACGCUUCAUCGACUCGGCGAUGUCUUCUGGUGCAUCUGUGCUGGUUCACUGUGCAGCUGGAAUCUCUCGCUCUCCGGCCCUGGCUGUUGCCUACAUCAUGUAUAGCUCCGGAAUGGAUCUGGAUCACGCCUACAGGUUUGUGAAAGAGCGCCGACCCUCCAUUUCCCCAAAUUUCAACUUCCUGGGUCAGUUGCAGCACUUCCAGGGCACCCUGCGUCAGAAGGCCUCAGGUGACCGCUUGGAAAGCCAGCAGCUGGACAACGGCCUGCCAUCCAUCAACAGCAGUAACAAUCGCACUCCCACAAUUCCCAACAUGGAUAAUCAGACCAACGUCACCAGCGACAGCUUAGCAGAAGAGAUGCAAACACACAGAGAGAAUUUCUACCAGCAAAGACAUUCGAAUCCAGACGCAAAUGGGAACCAGCAGAUUUCCUUGUCAGGAAAACCUUGGACACAUAUUAAUAAUCAGCAGGAAAUCCAGAAACCAAAUCCAAGCCUUGGUGUAUCAUUUAAACCACCACCAAAGCCCUCACAACUCCAACUCCUAGCAGUUUCCGCUUCUCUCUCAGAGAGACGCAAAAGCCUCAGUCUCUCUUUGACCCCCUUGGGGAUCUGCCCUCCCUCGACGACACCCAACAACAAGCAAGCGAAGAGCACCGAUUUGUCCAGAGGUGUCCACAAGAGGGAGACGGCAGAAAAAUCGGAGGCAAAGCCGCCGUUUAGACAUGCGGGGGAGACGCACAAGGAGCAGAGUCCUUCACAUGAAAAACACAACCCCUCUGAGGUGAAGGAGCAGGGCCUGCUGUCGCCGCUCAGCUGCACACUCAACAAACUGCUGGACUGGGGGGAGAGAGUGCUGUUGGGGGGGGUCUUUGCUCACCCUGUCAAGAUGGGACAGCCUGCUUUGCCAUACAGGUGCUGAGUGGGACCAUUUUUUUGGUGUGUGUUGUGUUUUGUGCAUGUUUCUCCAAAGGAAUGACACCACAGGUGAUGUACAUAGUACUCACAAGCGGUCUGCAGGUACCCCUCGUUUAUUUAUUGCCGGGAUGAGAGAAUGAAUCCCCACUUAUCUGCUUAAUUUGACCGCGUCGUCUUGUCGUUUGCAAGAUGGCGAUAUUUUUCAUUAGUUUCUUUGGCCUGAAUUGUACAGUAUUUACUGAUGAUUAAAGUUUGAUU